GCAGGACUUCAGGACUGGGUGUGUCCUCCCGACAUGGCCACCACUGCUUCCUUCCUGCCACUCGCCACCAAGGAGGCCAGUUCUGAGAACAGCAGCUCCUUCUAUGACUAUGACUACCUGGAUGAGGUGGACUUCAUGCUCUGCAGGAAGGACACAGUGCUGUCCUUUGGCAAAGUCUUCCUGCCAGUCUUCUACAGCCUUAUCUUUGUGUUGGGCCUGGGUGGGAACCUCCUUCUUCUCGUGGUCCUGCUCCGCUAUGUGCCUCGCAGGCGGAUGGCUGAGGUCUAUUUGCUGAACCUGGCCAUCUCCAACUUCCUGUUUGUGGUGACACUGCCCUUCUGGGGCAUCUCUGUGGCCUGGCACUGGGUCUUUGGGAGUUUCUUGUGCAAGAUGGUAAGCACCCUCUAUACCAUUAACUUUUACAGUGGCAUCUUUUUCAUUAGCUGCAUGAGCCUGGACAAGUACCUGGAGAUUGUCCACACUCAGCCCCACCACAGGCUGAGGACCCGGGCCAAGAGCCUGCUCCUUGUUGCCGUAGUGUGGGCCAUGGCCCUGGCUGUCUCCAUCCCUGACAUGGUCUUUGUACAGAUGCAUGAACAUCCCAAGGGUGUGUGGAACUGCUACGCAGAUUUCAGCGGGCACAGGACCACUUGGAAGCUCUUCCUCCGUUUCCAGCAGAACCUCCUGGGGUUUCUCCUUCCACUACUUGCCAUGAUCUUCUUCUACUCCCGCAUUGGCUGUGUCCUGGUCAGGCUGAGGCCCCUGGGCCGGGGCCGGGCUCUAAGAAUAGCUGCAGCCCUGGUAGUGGCCUUCUUCGUGCUCUGGUUCCCGUACAACCUCACUUUAUUUCUGCACUCACUGCUGGACUUACAAGCCUUCGGGAACUGCAAGGUCAGUCAGCACCUGGACUAUGCACUGCAGGUGACAGAGAGCAUUGCCUUCCUUCACUGCUGCUUUACACCCAUCCUCUAUGCCUUCUCCAGUUGCCGUUUCCGCCAAUACCUGAAGGCUUUACUGGCCACAGUGCUCAGAUGGCACCUGGCACCUGGCACUUCCCAGGCUUCGCCGUCCAACUGUUCUGAGAGCAGCAGGCUUACUGGCCAGGAAGAAAUGACCAGCAUGAAUGACCUUGGAGCGAGGCAGGCUAACAAUGGGGAAGGGGGAAUAGUUAAGCACCACAGUCUGGGGGGAGUGGAUGGGAUCCAGUUGGACUUCCACUCAAUGUGUUCUCGCCCAGAGUCUCAGUGA